AUGCAGCUCCAUCUCAACGUCUUGGGUAGUAUACUUGCCAUACUGCCCUCUGUGGCGUUGUCGGCGUCUCUCGACAAGCGUAGCCCUGUGCCGUACAAGGUGUUGACCCCUCCGCUCGACACUGAUUGGACGUAUAAAGUCGGGACGAAUCCUUGGCCAGAACAUCCGCGCCCUCUGCUGCAUCGCGAUAGUUGGCAGAGUCUAAAUGGAAUCUGGACCUACGAGAGCGCAGAUGGCCGCCCCACCGCUGAAGCGCUCAGCAGCCCUCCCACGGGCCAGCUUGGCAAAGAAAUCAUGAUACCAUCUUGUGUUGAGAGCGGUCUCUCCGGCGUUCAGGAAUACCCAGUCGCGCGCAUGUGGUUCACCAGGACAUUCAAGGUUUCCGACUCGUGGAAAGGCCAAAAAGUACUGCUCAAUUUUGAAGCUGUCGACUACGAAGCCACCGUGUUUCUCAACGGCGUCAAAGUCGGCCACAACGUGGGCGGCUACUUUCGCUUCACACUAGACGUGACGGAUCAUGUCAAGUAUGGCCAAGAAAAUACUCUGCUGGUGUUCGUGUACGAUCCGACAGACAUGGAGAUGGGUCCCAUUGGGAAACAAACCAGACGGCCUAGUCACAUUUUCUACCGGUCCUGCUCCGGUAUCUGGCAGCAGGUUUGGUUGGAACGUGUACCCCAAAACCAUAUCACUGGUCUUGAUGUCACAGCUGAUAUGAAUGGCAACGUUGCUUUCACUGUUCACAGUUCGGGGAAGAACGGAACGGGUGUCAAGUUGAACCUCUUUGAUAAGCAUGGCAAACAGGUCGCCUUGUCUGUCGGCACCUCUGAUACCGAAGUCAAAUUUCGACUCAAUUCUCCUAAUCUUUGGUCUCCGUCUUCGCCGUAUCUCUACAACAUCACCGUUUCGAUGGGCGAUGAUACCAUUAGCAGCUACACGGCAUUCCGCAGCAUUGCCGUUGGCAAUGUCCAGGGCAUCAAAAGGCCUCUACUCAAUGGAAAAUUCACCUUUUUGGUCGGGACUUUGGAUCAAGGCUACUGGCCCGAUGGCUUGUAUCUGCCUCCAAACCGCGAAGCCAUGGUGUAUGACUUGAAGAUGCUCAAGAGCCUUGGUUUCAACACUGUGCGCAAACAUAUAAAAGUAGAGCCGGAUCUAUUUUAUCAAGCCUGCGAUGAAAUGGGUCUUGUCGUGAUUCAGGAUAUGCCUAGUAUGUCUGCUGACGGCAGAAUGCCAAAUGCCGACGAGCAAGCCGAGUUUCGCCGCCAGCUGGGAAUCCUCAUCAAUGAGCACAAGAAUUACCCAUCAAUUCUAAUCUGGGUCAUCUACAACGAAGGCUGGGCCCAACUCAACAGGCCACCAUACCCCGAAGACGAACUGACGAGUAUGGUACGAAAAUUGGACCCGACGAGAUUGAUUGAUUCGGUCACGGGCUGGCACGACCACGGCUUUGGUGACUUUUCGGAUAACCACCACUACGCCAAUCCCCAGUGCGGCAGCCCCUUUUCGUCUCUCCCAGGCGGCCCAUACGACCCUAGCAGAAUUGGCUUCCAAGGCGAAUUCGGCGGUGUUGGACACAAUGUCACCGCUGACCACUUGUGGAAGGUUCAAAAGGCCAUUGAUGAGAUUCGCCAGACGUACGAGAUGGAUGAGAAUCUAGAAGCGUACAACUAUCGCACCGGUGUGUUGUUCGGGGAGCUCAAGGACCAGAUUGAAAUGUACGCCUGCAGUGGUGCCAUCUACACGCAGACUACCGAUGUUGAAGGCGAGCUCAACGGCCUGUAUACAUAUGAUCGCCGCAUCCUUCGCCCAAAUGUCAAGCAGUGGAGGCGGGAUAUUGGCCGUUUGUAUGCUGCCGCACGUGGACGCGGCGGUGCCUGA